AACAAACAGCCCAUGCAAGUUACGGGCUGCUCGUUCGUCGUCGUCGUCGUCGUCGCCGUCGCCGUCGCCGUCGCCGUCGUCGCAGCCGCCGCAGCCGCUAACGCAGCCGCUGCUGCCGUUCCGUCGCCGGAUGUGGGAACGAGAGUUGGGGAGAUCAGGAUUAACACUGAAACAAUUCUAUAGAUGAAUAUUAUAAAUUUUUAAUACGAUUAGACGGUGCUAAUCGUCGUCGAUGUGAAAAAGAAGAAAAAGAGGAAAAAUCGAUACCGACACGAAAGUGUAAAGUAAAUAAUGUCAGUCUUCGGUAUAAGUAAAUUUGACGAUCCAUGCUAUAAACGAUAAACGUUACAUAUACAUAAAAUAUAUAAAAGUACGCGCGUAAAAAUUUACCACAUCGACGGUGUAAAUCAUUCUACAUUCGUAGACUAAAGUGCAGUGACUGUUGCAGGUGAGGGAUAUUAUAAACCCAUAUGCGUACGAUCGAAUCAAGAUGCAAUAGCUUUACUGCCAAAAUUUACAUGCGUGUAUUACGUAUAUACAUUGUACGUACGUGUGUACGUGUUUAUACAAUAUACGAAUAGCGUGAUUCGGGAACUGUGCAGGUGGUGCGUAUAAAAGUAUAAAAAUAAAUUGUGUCAGUUUCUCCUCUCCUCAACACACACAGACGAGUAUAUAGAACGUUUAUAAUAGACCAUUGGACGCUGUGGUGUUUCAAUCAAGGUUAUUCAACAGUGUGAUCACCAAAAAGUACCAGAGUCUCUUCUUUCCCCCCCCGUGGUAUAUAAUCCGAGAGAGAUAGACAGAGAGGAGAGAUCCGAGGCUAAAGUGUUGUGCGUAGUAAUCGAAAACGAAAAAAGGUGUGCAAAAACGGUGAAGAAGAAAAGAACUAAUCUUCGUACACUCCCGCGAAACGGGAUAUCAAAAUUUCCUGAUAAGAGGAAAGCUUGUCCGCGUAGAGGAGUAAGAAGAUACGAUAACAGUAAUAUCAGUAAUAUCGAGAAGAAUAGAAAAAGAUGAGUGAACGACGUUGCUAAAUACUGGAAUAACACAACCGACUUGGUGGAAUAGUCAAUUCUCCAUCUUCAUCCCCCGAACCUGUAAUAACCCGGAACAUCGAAGAGAGAAGCUUCGGAGGAAAAGAGGAAGUGGAAGGAUAGGCAGGAAGAAGAAAAGGAGGAAGGAAGGAAGAUAAUAUAAGACUAUUCCAGUGUGAUGCUGCCGCGGUGGUCGCCGUCGGUCCAGCAGCUGCAGGCAGGAACAGUCGAGGGAAUAGGUCCUGUUGAUCUGAGGAGACGCUGACCUGAGGAGCAGCCCACGCUGGCCGAUACCCAGGCCAUGAACGGGCCCCAUGACCGGGCCCGAACCCGCUUCCUCCUCCUCGAAGAACGCGAUCCUCCGCGAUUGCAGUCCCCGCAACGCCCUGCCGAGGACACGGCGUCGUCGUCAUCCCCGAGGAGCACCCCUCCCCACUCAUCUGCAUCACUGCGGUUCACCGGACGUGGCCAAAACAGUUGGCGGAGAAGAAGAGACUCUAGUCAUCGUCGACUGUCUUACACUAAGGUCGACAAAGCCUUUAUCGUCGUCGCUGUCGUCGCUCUUUCCUUGGCACUCGUUACACAUUCAGUUUCCGGUUCGUCGUCGAGCGAGGCGAGUGUUACUUCUUCUUCUUCUUCUUCUUCUUCUUCUUCUUCUUCUUCUUCUUCUUAUUCUUCUUCAUCGUCAUCGUCAUCGUCAUCGUCAUCUUCUCCUUCCGGUCUUGGUCUUGGCUCGUCAACGAGAUCUGGAUUAUCUAACAGAGGUGCAGCGGCCAACGUUCCUGGAUCCGCGAUUAACGCCGGUGCAGGUGUAGGUGCAGGCAGCAUAGAUCUACUGACUAUAUUGCAACUUCACAACACAACGCGACAAGGCGUCAGUCGCACUCAGGGAUUGGUCACCAUCAAACCCGCCUACUAUCUGCAAGGUGACGACAGAGAGCUUCGAGUUAGCGAAGCGGGAUUUCAAAGAGCUGCGGCGGUUCUUCGGCAGGUUCCGGAGUUCACGGUAGCUGCAGCUCUUCGCCAGGAAGAGGCCAAUUCCGGUACAAUAAUCGCCUUUUCACACGGGAACAACAGGUAUCUGGAGCUGCAAAGCAGCGGUCGGAAGGACGAACUUCGGCUCCACUAUCUUUCCAGGAGGGACGGAGCCGUUCAUGUCGAGGCGUUUCCAUUCCGAUUAGCCGACGGCGCCUGGCAUCGGGUCGCCCUCAGCAUAAGCGGAUCUCAGGUUGAGCUUUUGGUCGAUUGUCAUCCGCUCUACAGGCGUUUGCUGCGACCCGGGCCUCCGGAUACUAACUUCACGAUACCUCAGCUUCAGCUCUGGGUCGGGCAACGAAGCGCCAAACAUUUCUUGUUCAAGGGUGCUUUACAAGACGUCAAGCUUAUACCAGGUCCCCACGGGUACCUGUCACAGUGUCCGCAGCUUGACUCUUCCUGUCCGACCUGUGGCCAAUUUUCCAUGCUCCAAAACACGGUCGAACAACUUAUGCAGAACCUAAACGAACUGACGCAGAAGUUAACAGCGGCCGAAGGUAGGAUAAGCAAAGUGGAGGAGUGCGAGUGCCAAAAAUCUUGCAGAGCAAACGGAACUCUUCACGAGGACGGGCUUAACUGGAAGAAAGGUUGUCUAAAGUGUUCCUGCACUCACGGAAAGAUCGAAUGCGAACCAGAAUGGUGUCCGCCUGUCACAUGCAAAAGCCCCUACAUACCGGAGGGUGAAUGCUGUCCGGCAUGUCGCAAGCAAUGCUACCAGCACGGGGUUUUUUACGAUCACGGUGAUAGAUUUGCACCCAAACCGUGUUCGCUCUGCGUAUGUAACGACGGUGUUCUCACCUGUGAGUCAACACCACCGGAAAAAGUCUGUCCACAUUUGCCGUGUCGGCCUAGUGAACAAAUCAGCGUCGCGGACGAAUGCUGCAAGUUUUGCCCAGGGGUGGAUUACUGCGCUGAAAAUCCUAAUUGUCACGUCAACGCGUCUUGCUUGAAUCUUCAGACAACGUACGCCUGUCAAUGUAACGCUGGUUAUCAAGGAGACGGACGUAAUUGUCACGACGUCGACGAGUGCAAACACCAAGGAGGCUUCAACGGUCAUCACUGCAACGCCAAUACCAAAUGCGUCAACACCAACGGGUCAUACAUUUGCGAAUGCUUGCAAGGAUAUCGUAGAGUAGAUAAGUACAAUUGCGCCGAACUCGAUGAAUGCUCGACGGGUAAUCACAAAUGCCACGAGAACGCGAUGUGCAUAAACACAGUGGGUAGUUAUCACUGCGUGUGUCGGGACGGAUAUAAAGGAGACGGAAAUUCGUGUACACCCGUUUGCGAGCGACCUUGUCAGAAUGGCGGAGAGUGCGUUGCGCCUGGAAAAUGCUCCUGCAGGCGAGGCUACGUCGGCUCGAGUUGCGAACUUGACCUCGACGAGUGCGCCAGCGAUCUUCACAGAUGUCAUCAUUCUUCGACGUGCUACAACAUGCAGGGGUGGUACUAUUGCCGAUGCAAGCCCGGCUAUCACAGCGCCUUCCACGACACCACACAGGGCACUCAGUGCCAGGAUAUCGACGAGUGCAACGAUCAGACCAAUGGCCUAAAACACACCUGUCAUCCUAGCUCUCAGUGCGUCAACACCAUCGGUGGUUACAUGUGUGCCUGUCCCCCGGAACGCGGGCCAGAUUGUAAACUGAGCUGCAUGUUUGAGGAGAAGGAAGUUGAGAACGGGGAAACGGUCGUCCCUGCUGGUUAUCCCUGCAGACGAUGCACCUGCCUUAAUGGCGUUGUCACCUGUAGAGACCCCACUUGUAACUGCAGCAUUACUGCGAGCCAGAGAGACAAGUGCUGCCCGCAGUGCGAUCCUUUAGCAUCAUGCAGGCAUCAGGAUCUAUAUCAUCUUAUAUUUAGGAGUGGAGAAAGGUGGAUAUAUCAGUGUCAAACUUGCGAGUGUUUGAAUGGAGAAAUAGACUGCUGGGAAAUGGAAUGUCCGCCUGUGACAUGUUCCAAUCCUGUUACCGAGGACGGCGACUGUUGUCCUAGAUGCGAGGAUGACCCUUGCGCCAGAGAAUUAUCCAACAAUGGAACUUCCCUUAUAUCUAGUCAUCCUCAACCGUGCAGUUACGCGGGUAUAAUGCACGAGAGUAGCAGCUCGUGGCAAGAUCCGCACGACAAAUGCACAACGUGCGAGUGCAAGGUGCCGUACUGCGCCCAAUUGGUGAGCAAUAGCGCGUGUUGUGUGCAUCGGAUGGGCAGUUAUGCUGCAGCUACGAUUACCACUGUGCUGGUGAUGAUAUCGGCCAGCGGGCGGGAGAGUUUCGCAGCUCUAGCAUACUGGGCGUGUCGAGGACUGCGUCGUUUGGUACAUCGGAAGCAGCGCUACCAGCGGUCCAUCUGGGGGGUGGCAAAAAUUUAUUAUCACCAUCUGCCAGAGCUCAGGACUCUUUGCUUAUUACAAAAAGUAGUGAAAUCGAUGGUAAAAAGUCCGUUGAUUAUCGGGGUAAUAGUGGCGGUGUUAGUAGUGCGUAUAAUAAUAAUAAUAAUAACAACAACAACAAUAACAACAAUAACAAUAAUAAUAACAAUAAUAACCACAACAACAACAACAGCAACAAUAAUAAUCGUAAGAACAAAGGUCGGCAGAGCACUGUCAAGCAUUUGGUACAGAGCUUCUCAGUGCCUGCAACGGCUUACUCAUCCCCAAAGUCAACGAUGCGUCGGAGGUCGACAGCCAAGAGAGGCGGAGCGACUUGAACCUCUAUAAGCUUAAUUAUCGUCAGGCAGCAUUCCACGGCUGGGAGGUUCUGAACGUCGGUAUUAAUAUACGCGGUACAAAUGUGUCGUCUAUGCGUAUCGUACUAAAGAUAAAUAAAAUUGAAUACGUCGCAGGCCUCUCUAGCAAUUAAAUCAAAUUAAAUGAAAUCUCUCCUACUCAAAUCUCUAGCCACUAUACAUACAUAUAUAUAUGCGCUACUGCAUUAUGCUCUGCGUGUCCUGUGCGUCUGUGUGUACGUGGCGCGUGAGUGCGCGUGAUUGUUGAGCGGAUUUAAGAAUUGAGUAAAUCGAAAGCGUUAUAUACCUGUACACGUAUAAAUGUGAAAAAAUGUAUCCUCCGCUUGUACAUUUUUUUAUAAGUAUAUAUUUUCUUCACAUACCUGACGAAAGGAAGAUAAAAUUUUAACUCCAGCGUUAUAGCUUAAAAUAUAAAUGUUAUAUAAUAUUGAAUAACAAUUAAUGUAUUACUGACACAGUUAGGUAGUGAUAACUGGAGAAAUUGAGUUUAUUGUUGGGUGUAUAAUCAAGCUUGCCACAACAUCCUUUCGGUAUCUAUUGCCAUUCAUUCCUCAUUGUUUGAAUCGGGAAUAAAACAUAACUGACAAAUGAAACACAACAAAUAGGCACAGGUUUUGGAUGAAAAUUUUAAGUAAACAAUAUUUUCAAAUCACUGUUGUAAUUAUAACAGGUAACAGCCAAUUGGGAAGUAAUAAUUAUUAGUAUUAUAAACGAGCUUUGUAAAUUACAAAUAAAUACGUUAAGCUUGCUCAAUUCUUAUCCUUGCUCAACUACGCAACCACCAAGUACAUUCCUCCUUUACUAAUUAGGCGUUAUAUGUAUACAAGUAAAUAUACCUAGGUAAUUUAAAUGAAAAGUAAAAUGAACAUAAAAUCAUAAUAAAGUUAAUCAAAGUAAAAGAAA